AUGAACUGUCGCUGUUUAAUCUUUCAAAAUAUGGAAUUAAAUUUUGCUCUUGCUGAGAGUGUCUGCAACAUUCUUAGUGGAAAUCUGGUUUCAAUCCACAAUGCUCUGGAAAAUUAUGUAGUUCGACACUUGAUUCUGGGAGGGGCUGGAUCUUUUCAGCGUUCUUGGAUUGGACUCCAUGACCGGGUCAAGGAUGGAGAUUACUUUUGGACAGAUGGCUCACCUUUUGAUUUCACAGACUGGGCUAAUGGCGAGCCAUCAGUUAAUACAAGUCAAGAUGGAGAGAUAGACUUUCAAGGUGAAUUCUGGAACGAUCGCCGGUGCACUCCAACAAGAUCUUUUGUUUGUGCCAAAGAUUUGAAACAUGACCAUAAGCAUCAGACUUCCUAUCGUAUGUUCUAUAGAUGUCGUUCUUAA